ACAGAAGAAAAUGUCAACAAAAAUGGCUACAUUGAGACGUUUCGCGAUGCGAAAGAAACGUUGCAUCCUGCUCUGCCUUGGUGGAUGUUUAGUAUUUACGUUUGCAUCUUGGUUUUCUGCAUAUUCCGGUAGGCAUGUGUAUCAUUCAAACUUAAUAUAUAUUUAUAUUUUUAACAAUAAUGUUACGUUAAUGACUUACAUUAAACUUCACACCUAUAAACUAUAAAUAAUAAAUAUAAUAUUUAUGCAAGACAAAGAAUUUUUAAACCUUUAAAGUUGAACAAAAAACAACAUUAUUCUUUCGUUUUUUCUCAAUAUAAUAUAGUUAUUAUAAUAAGUUCUGUUGUAAGUUAUAUAAAAAUCAGUUUAAUUAGUUCAGUUAUAUGAAUGAUCAAUAUUCACAUAAGUCAUGAUAAGUUUACUUGUAUAAGUAUUGGUCCAGUAUAGUACGAGUAUGAGCAACAAAAAUCUACCUGUCUACCUUGCUUAGAAUUUUUAGUCUUACUCUUUUGGAGCCAUAUUUCCUAGUUAUACCCCUGCUUGUGUAAGACACACACAAGUGUAGGAAUUCUAUAAAUUCCAGGGUGUCAUUUUUUUGGUUACCGGAAAUUUGAUCGAAAGAAAUUUCGUCGACGGUAAAUUGAUCGACGGUAGUUUGAUCGAACGGAAAUUUGGUCGAAUCUUUUUUUCAGUUCACACGUUAAAAUUUCCGUCAAAAUUCUUCUUGAACGCACUAUACUAUUUAUUAAAACAAAAUAAUGCGUUCAAAAAGAAAUCUGAAGUAAAAUUUUAACGUAAACUGAAGAAAAAAAAUUCGACAAAAUUUCCGUUCGAUCAAAUUACCGUCGAUCAAUUUACAGUCGACGAAAUUUCUUUCGAUCAAAUUUCCGGAUACGCAUUUUUUUGCCUACUUAACUAGUCACUAGUCCAGUAUUUGUAAUAUUAUUAUGCAUUAAUAAGAGUAACUAUAAGUUAUAAGUACUACUCAAGUCAAGACUUCUAAUAGUGUUACGCUGUCAACUAAACUACAUUUAGCCUGCAUUCAAAAGAAAAAUAGCGUAAUUAGUAGCUGGCCCUGCACUGAGACCUGAGCCUCACUGAGAAUACUAAGUCUGUUGAGAGUGUUUGGACUAUUAUUUAAGUUGAUGCCUAUUCUUUUAAUCAUAUGAAUAUGAUGCUUUUACUUAUUGAUUUUUUAAAUCUUAGCAUUUAAUAUCAAAAUGCUACAUCUUUUUCUCUAAAUUGUAAUUUUUUUUAGGUCUACCUAUUUUAUUUACCUAGCCUAAGUACUAAUUAAUCUAUUGUGUUCUCUGCCUACUAAACAACAUUUUUUGGGGUAAGAUACUGUGGCUGAUAUAAAAUGUCUUGUUGUACUUGUACUACAGUAAGCCUAUGCCAUGGGUUAUGACAUUAAAAAUUUUUUUUUUCAGUCUUUACAAUAUUGUUGUCUUUGAGAAAAGGCUCUGGCCAUCACCUAUUUCCUGUUUGAAACAAAUUUAAUUGUAUAACCAUUUUUGGCUACGAAUUUUGGAUUAUCAACAAAAGCAAUAUAAAUGUUUCAGAUUUUACUUGAUGGUGGUAACUUAGUAAAAAUAUCAAUUCCAUUACACUGUACUCAUCAUCAUCAUCGCCUGUCGUCCCGUCUGGGGCAUAGGCCACAAACAAAGGCUCUCCAGGCAUCCCGGUCUUGGGCAAGUCUCUCCAACUGUCCCCAGUUGUGUCCACGCUUUUUGAUGUCUGCCUCCAGUUCCCUUCUCCAAGUUGUUUUGGGUCGACCUAUUUUUCUCUUACCCUGGGGGUUCCAAGUCAGGGCUUGUCUCGUGAUACUUGAUGCGGGCUUUCUGAGGGUGUGGCCAAUCCAUCUCCAUCUGCGCUGGCAGAUUAACUCUUCCACUGGUUCUUGUUGUGUGCGCCGCCAGAGAUCCUCGUUGGUGAUGACGGUGGGCCAGCGGAUUCGUAAAAUCGUUCGGAGACAUGAGUUGAUAAAGGUCUGUAGCUUUUUUGAACCAGCUGCUGUUGUUCGCCAUGUUUCUGCCCCAUAUAGCAAGACAGGUUUCACUGUGGUGUUGAAUACCUUGACCUUGGUCUGGAGGGUCAAAUUGCUGCAGCUCCAGACCUUUUUUAGCUGGUUAAAUGCCGCUCUUGCCUUACCAACUCUCACUCUUAUGUCGGCGUCUGUCCCUCCUUGUAUGUCAAUGAUGCUGCCGAGGUAUGUAAAGCUAUCCACCUCCUCAAGGUUUGUUCCUUCCAGUGCUAUAGGUGUGUUGCUUGAUGUAUUUAUUUUAAGGACUUUGCUUUUUCCUCUGUGGAUGUUCAGGCCGAUGCAAGCAGAGUACUGUGCUACAUAAUUGGUUUUCUCUUGCAUCUGUUGCUGUGUGUGUGAUACUAGGGCCAGAUCAUCCGCAAAAUCCAGGUCAUCAAGUUGUUUCCAUAGUGUCCACUGAAUACCAUUUCUCUUCUGCUCUGUAGACAUUUUCAUUAUCCAAUCAAUGGUCAGCAGGAAUAGGAAAGGCGAGAGCAGACACCCCUGUCUGACACCGGUCUGUACCUCAAAAGCCGCCGUUGUUUGCUGGCCGUGGACAAUUCUGCACGAUAGUCCUUCGUAAGAAGCCUUAAUUAUGUCUGUCAAUUUUUGUGGUACCCCGUAGUGUCUAAGCAGCUUCCACAGAGUCUGUCUGUCGACACUAUCAAAAGCCUUCUCAUAGUCAAUGAAGUUGACGUAUAGUGGCGAGUUCCACUCCAGAGAUUGUUCCACAAUAAUUCUCAGUGUGGCAAUCUGGUCUGUGCAGGAUCUGUCUUUUCUGAACCCUGCUUGUUGGUCCCUAAGAUUGAUGUCUAUUGCCUCCCUCAUUCUGUUUAGCAGCAUUCUGUUGAAUACUUUGCUUGGGAUCGACAGCAGGGUUAUUCCCCUAUAGUUAGAACAAGAACUAAGGUCUCCUUUCUUCGGGAGCUUAACGAGGUGUCCUUCUUUCCAUUCAGCCGGUAUCUGUUCCUCCUCCCAUAUUUUCUUGAAUAGUGUGUGUAGCAUUUCAGUGCUAGACGUAAUAUCUGCUGUCAAGGCUUCUGUCGGUAUUCUGUCAGGACCUGCCGCCUUGCCUUUCUUUAGUUGUUUAAUUGCUCUGCAUAUUUCUUGCUUUGUGGGUGUGCUGCACUCUAUUUCUAGAUCUUUUUCCGCUGGCUCUAUGUUGAGUGUGUGUUGUGGUGCUGGCCGGUUGAGGAGUUCUUCAAAAUGUUCUAUCCAUCUUUUUUUCUGACCCUCUUCAUCAGGUAUUGAUUUCCCAUCUUUAGUUUUAACUGGUCUCACUGGAUUGUUGAACUUUCCAGAUAACUUUUUGAUUGUACUGAAUAAUUCUCUUGUGUUUCCAUGGUACGCAGCCUCCUCUGCUUCACUUGCUAAUCCUUCUAUGUAGUUCUUUUUAUCUGUCCUUAUACUACGUUUAACUUCUUUAUUUGCUUCUGAGUAUUCUGUUGAUGCUCUGGCCUUUUCGGUUCUGGUGCGGCUAUUGUUUAGAUUUGCCUUCUUCUUUCUCCUAUAUUGGAUUUUUUCCAUGGUUUCAGCAGAAAUCCAUUCUUUAUGCGUUUGUUGCCUAGGGCCCAACACUUCUUCACAGGUAGUCGUGAAUAUCUCUUUGAUUUCUUUCCAGUUUUUGUCAAUUGUUUCUUCAUUGCCUAGUUCCUGUAAGAUCUGGAACUUAUUGGAGAUGGUAAGUUUAAACUCCUUUAGCUUGGACUCAUCUUUCAAGAGGUUGAUGUUAAAAUGUUGGCGCUUGCUUCCCUCGCUUGUCCAGUUCUUUUUCAGUUUCAGCCUUAAUUUGGCAAUAAUUAGAUGAUGGUCUGAGGCUACAUCUGCCCCUCUUUUUACCCUAACAUCUUGGAGCGACCGUCUAAACUUAUUGCAGAUACAGAAAUGGUCAAUUUGGUUAGCCGUUGACAUAUCUGGUGAAAUCCAUGUCGCCUUGUGGAUAUUUCUAUGCAUGAAGAGGCUUCCUCCGAUGACUAGUCCAAUUGUAGCACAUAGAUCUGCUAGUCUUUCACCAUUUUCAUUCAUCUCUCCCAUACCAUGUGUUCCCAUGCAUUCUUCAUAGCCUUUAUUGUUGCUGCCUAUUUUCGCAUUUAGGUCGCCCAUGAGUAUAACCAUAUUGCUCUUAGGGCACAUUUGGACCAGGGUUCGCAAUCUGUUGUAGAAAUCCUCUUUGUCCUCUUCUUUACUAUCGUUGGUAGGAGCGUACACCUGUAGGAUGUCCAUAUUGAUUUUUCGUUUUUUGGUCUUAAAUCUUGCCUUGAUUAUACGGGACACAUGCGCUUCCCACCCUAUAAGUGCAUUCUGGGCAGUUCUGGAAAGCAUGAGUGCCACUCCUUGGUUGUGCGCCGCAUUUUCAUCUUCGUGGCCUGAAUAUAGCAGCAGUUCCCCUGUGUUGAGCUUUAUCUGACCUGAGCCUAUCCAUCGAGACUCACUUAUUCCCAAGAUGGCUAGUUUGUAUCUCUGCAUUUCAGCAGCAACUUGGACAGUUUUUCCAGUUUCGAACAUGGUCCUUACGUUCCAUGUUCCUAGACUGGUGGUGGUCCUAGUGGAGAGGAUGGUUGUCCGCCGGUUGGCUUCCAGUUGGCUUUGGCCACCCAGCUUCAUUAAUUCUCUGUUAGGAGACCCAUCCUUUCCAAGGUCCGAGUUUCCUUUUGAAAUCUUUCUUUGUGUUUUUGUAGCAGGGCUUUCGCAGUCUGUUGUAGAAAUCCUCUUUGUCCUCUUCUUUACUAUCGUUGGUAGGAGCGUACACCUGUAGGAUGUCCAUAUUGAUUUUUCGUUUUUUGGUCUUAAAUCUUGCCGUGAUUAUACGGGACCCAUGCGCUUCCCACCCUAUAAGUGCGUUCUGGGCAGUUCUGGAAAGCAUGAGUGCCACUCCUUGGUUGUGCGCCGCAUUUUCAUCUUCGUGGCCUGAAUAUAGCAGCAGUUCCCCUGUGUUGAGCUUUAUCUGACCUGAGCCUAUCCAUCGAGACUCACUUAUUCCCAAGAUGGCUAGUUUGUAUCUCUGCAUUUCAGCAGCAACUUGGACAGUUUUUCCAGUUUCGAACAUGGUCCUUACGUUCCAUGUUCCUAGACUGGUGGUGGUCCUAGUGGAGAGGAUGGUUGUCCGCCGGUUGGCUUCCAGUUGGCUUUGGCCACCCAGCUUCAUUAAUUCUCUGUUAGGAGACCCAUCCUUUCCAAGGUCCGAGUUUCCUUUUGAAAUCUUUCUUUGUGUUUUUGUAGCAGGGCUUUUUUUACAGGGAAGGAUUGCUAGCCCUUCGCCCAACCCUCCUCCUUUCUCACCCGGGCUUGGGACCGGAUACGGCGGAGUUACACUGUACUCAUACUCAGCAGAAUAUAUCCACCCAUAAAGCUAUAAUUUAUUGAAGGUAAUAUUUAUUCAAUAUUUUAAAUUUUUUUUUUUUUUAUUUAAAUAAGAAUGAAACCAAAGUUUUAAACAAAUGUAUGUAUUCCAUUUUGACCAGGUAAAGAUUCUUCCGUACUACACAUCACAGAAAAUGUAACACCCAAACCUGUGGAACCAAAAUUUAAUGUGAUAGAGCCUCCAAAAGCAAUGAAUAUUAGAGUGUUUGGGAGUGAGGACACAACAGCGAUUCUCACAACAGAAGUUAAGAAAAUCACUACAGAUAUUAAAGAUAUCUUGAGACAAGAAAAAUCUCUUAGCAAUAGCUCUAUUGAAAUAGAUUCUUCACAUAAUCAUACUGAGGAUAUUGAAGUUGUUAAAAAUAAGACUCUUUCACAACUAGGGCUUUUAGGGGGAAAGGAAAAAGAAAAAAAUACUCCAAAAGCUCUUUUUAUUAAGUUGAAAUGGAACUUGACAGUAUCCUUUGAAGACAUAGGAAAUAUUAUGAAAGACACAGAAUUUUUAAACAAACUGAAGCCACUCAACCUAAGUGGUCCAAUGUUAACAAGUGCCAGGAACAGAACAUCUAACUUCAGCCUUUCCAUGCCAAUAAAGAUGGGCUACUGCGAUUGCUGGGAACGUUAUUGCUUUUGCUGUGUCCAGCUCGUCAAUGAAAAACUACACCUAAAUAACAAGAUCUGCGUUAAUUUUACUUUUAUUUCAAAGUCUCAUGUAAGUUCAGUUUGAAAAUGUACAUAUUAUUUAAAAGAAAUGUUGAUUUCUAUUGAGAUGAUAACAUUAUACCAUAAUUCAAAUACAUUGUCAUUUCACUGAGUCAAAUCUACAACAGUGAGGUUAUUGAAUAUACAAUAUUUCAGUCAAAUAUCCAUCAAAUAAAAAACACAAUCUAUAGUCCAGGGUUUUCCAACCUUCUGAGCUUAAAACCACCACCACCCCAUCCCCCUUUUUUUAAAAACUCUCUGAAAGACAAGAUAAAUGUAGUUUCUGUCUCAGAUAGUCAUUCCCUCCCCUCGCCUGUUUACAAUAAUCUUUAAAUUACUCCACAUCUUUGAAAAAAACAACUCAAACAAUUCCCACUGAUUUUAUAUUUAUCUUAAACCUGCCUAGACAGAUAGACCUUAUUCCUCUUAUAAUCUUGUCUCACUUUAGAACCAUAUGAUUACCAUUUAUACUACUAAUAUUUCAUUUGGUCAACAUAGACACCUGUGAAAAUAUAAAAUAUACAUAAUAUCAAAACAAAAACAACAGUAAUUCUUCUUCUGUUCACCUUUACCGCGGUGGCAUCAGGGUAGGUAUAGUUGACGGAUUGCCACAAGUUGUGAGGCCUACUGGAGCUUCAUAUUGUGUAUUUUUAGGGUGUCCCUCACCCAGUCAUUUCACAGACGGUGUAGACUUCCUAUGGCUAUAAUACCAUUACCAGAUUGCCAAUGUAAACUUGCAGGGCUGGUUGACAGUCAUUCCAACCAUGUGGACAAACCAAUUGAUUUGUUGUUUGGCCAUAUACUGGCUGAUUGGGAGGACACCAAAAAAUUAUCUUAUUUUCCUGGUUCCGAAUUUGAAAAUCUCACAGGUGGAUAAUUUACUAUCAAGACUUUUAUUUAGAGCCCAAGUUUGACACUAUUAAGUAAAGGUUGGAAUAAAGACAGCGUAAAUUAACCUGGCUUUGGUCUCCACUCUUAUUCGUGGGUGUCUUUGAAGUAGAGUGAUUUGGUAGCUGACUGAUUUUUGCCCAUUGCACUCUUGUCUCUAUCUCUACCCUAUCCCUUUCUCCAUGAUAGGUGAAAAUGCUUCCAAGCUAUUUCAACUCCUAGUUUUGCAAGGACCUCAGAUAGAUGUUUUUAGAAUUUUCAAUUUUUCUAGGGAUUUUGAGAGUUUUAGUUCCAAUGUCAAUGUUAUAAAAUUUCAAGUUUCUAGGUUGACUGGAAAUGGCCCAUUAAUUCUUAUAUUUCUUGUAAUUUAUCACACCAUACAUACAUAUAUUAUAUCACUGCUUUUAUAUUAUGGAUUAAAUCAUGAUUCACUGAUGUCCCUUUUAAUCUACUGCACUUAACUCUGAACUGCUAAAGUGAGUUGACUGUACAUAAUUUUAAUAAACUAGAAAUGAUUAAAUAUAAAAUUCACUCAAACGAAAUUAAAAUGAAUAAUCAGUGAUAUAUAUUUUUAUCAUUAUGUUACUCAUUUCAUCACUGUGUUGUUACAUUUAAAUUAUAAAAGAGUCUUUGUUAUUUCAGGAAUUUGAAAUCACAUUUGGUAUUGACAGUAAACCAAUUUAUAGUGGAAUUAUCUCAGGUAAACUUUUCAGAUAUUUUAUCAGUAAUUAAUUGACAGGCAUGGCCCCUACUUAAAUUCAUCUAAUUUAUUGAGGUAAGUUAAAAUAAGCUUUCUGAGGAACUUUUUAAAGUCUUGAUAUCAAUUUAUUAAAUACUAUUGCCAUUUUAAGUAUUUGAUACAUAAUGCACUUUAUACCUGACUAUAAUCAAGUUUUAUCAAAUAACCAGUCAGAGAAAUUAUUGUUCUCUUUGUAUAUCGCCAUCAUACAAAUAAUGUGAGUUGCAGUGUUGAAAUGUUUGUUCAUUAAUUUUGUUUCAUAUUUAUUGAGAAGUCAUAGCAUCUAUAUUUGAAACUAUCCAAUUGUUGUCUUUGCUCAGCUGAUGCCCCGCCAUUACUCUGCCUGGGAUCUAACCCAACAGUGGCUGAUAUGUGUGUUCAUUUCUUUAACACUGUGUACCGUGUGGAUCGAUUGGGGCUGCACAAAAGUCAAAUUCUUGGAUGUACCGCCAUCAGCCUCAAUAUCUACAACAAGACCAUCAGUGUCUUCCCUGUGGACUGCUUUCAAAUACCUGGAGAUCCCAAUCAUCACCACGAAAAGGAGAAUAUCAUUUUACCAAAUUUUGUUCCUUGAAAUUUUUUACCAUUCUUUUUAAUUUUAUUUUGAAUUUUCAGUAAUUGCUGCCAUUUAAGCUGCCAAAGUUUAAAUCCAGAAUUAUUGCAGUCAAAGACUAAGUUUCUAAAAGCCAGUUAAUUUUUCAUUGUCUUUCAGCUUAUGGUUUUUUCUUUGGCUAUAAAAAUACAUAAAAUUCUGACUAAAUUACAAUAAAUAGGUUAACCAAUUGUUUUGAGUGAAGUAUGAAAUAUUUAAUACCACAAAUCAUUGCUCUUGGGCUGUCUAUUGUUUUAUUCGAGCAACCAUCUUUGAAAUAUGUAUUUCAAAGAAUUGAGUUGUUGACAGCACAAGUUUUUUUUUUGUUUUUAAAAACUUUCUGUUUCUAUAGUAUCUAUAAUUUAUAAUAUAUUUAGGAAGCCUUAUUGCACUGUAGAAGCACCUCUGCCUCAUAACAAAGAGUUUGCAGGUUUGAAUUUUUCCAUGGUAUUUCCCAUCUAUGCGCUCGUAGGCCAGUGUAAUGAGCUAAUCGACACAGCAAUUCUUUUAGCAAGAAGGAAAACCCUAAGGAAAGACGAGGCACCAAAGUCAAAAGACAUCAGCAAAUUUUAAAUGGGAUUGAACAAUUCUUUAGCCAAAAUAAAAUCUUCAAAACAACAAAAUAAGAGACAAAUGAGUCAGACUGUUAAUUUUUUUAACAUCUAACUUGAUUGUAAGAAUUGCUUUCGUUAACACAAUUCAAGAGUAUGCUUGCAGAGCUUUAAAGGCAUGCUGCCAACCAUAUGUUCUCAUGUUUGACUUUUUUCUGUUUUCCUUACCAAGUAGUAAUGAAACUACAAAUAUGUAAAAUUGUAUUUUAAGUUUUUAAGACAUCAAUAUUGCUUGAAAUAUUGCUUAAUAUUGUUUAAAUCUACUGGAUAAAUAAAUCCUGGUGUUUGAGGUUAUAAAAAGUCAUUGAUGGAUUUCAUAUUUAUGUUAACUACUAUAAUGAACCAAGCUUUUUGCUGUGUCCAAGGGUAGGUAGAUAAAACUAAACCGAAGUCUGGAGCCAGACUCCUUUUCACUGAAGGCGGCAUUUUUUAAAUAACUAUUUAGAACUUAAUAUGAACAUUCAGGCCCCAGGUAAAAACCAAUCAGUUGCCACAGUGACUGGGUCACCUCUGUUUGUUCAUCCCUGGUUAUAGUGAGGCCUUGUCAAAUCAGAACACGGCCGGUUUAUGUGAUGCUUUGUUCCUAUUCAAUUGAAGUUUUAUUUAUGUUUAAACAAAUACUCAAAUGUUUUGUUGUUCUUUAACUCCGACUUAAGAAACAUAGUUCUUAAACAGAGACUUGAGACUCAUACUCAUUGUUCUCAAACAGAAUCAUAGUGGGGUCUAACGUAUUAGUGAUAUUAAGCUUAAAUACUUUACAAAAUAUGUUCAUUAAAUUAAUUGUUCUGUGAAAUUCUGUUGUUCAAAUUGUUAGCCAAAUAAGUUUUUGUCAAUGCUGGUUAGAUUUAUUUUUAUCCACAGUACCAAAGUUUCUGAGAUUCAAAGGAAAUAAAAAGAGGGCCUUUACUUUAAAUAUCAAAUAAAUGUAUCAACAUUCAGGAGCUAAGCUGUCAUAGAAUAACAAUUCAUCUGUCUUUAGCAUCACUGACAUGCAACAUUUGCUUUAGAAUAAACGUUAUUAUUGUGUACAUGAAGAUUUCAACUAGAGAUGCUCAACAUUUUAUUUGAACAUUGUUAGUGGUCAUCUUUUUAUUUGAACAUUGUUAGUGGUCAUCUUUUUAUUUGAACAUUGUUAGUGGUCAUCUUUUUAUUUGAACAUUGUUAGGGUGGUCAUCUUUUUAUUUGAACAUUGUUAGGGUGGUCAUCUUUUUAUUUGGGGAAAUUUUUAGAUUGUUAUGUUUUGAAAGUUGGUUUUCCUAGACUUAAUUACCAGGCUACAUUUAAAUACUCACUCCAUUUCAUUAUCAUUGUUUGGGGGUUUGUUCGAGUGAUUAUUAAAAUAUUGUUUAAGGUGUUCAUGGUUUAGUGAUUAUAUUAAUUUUGUUUAAGAUGUUCAUGUUUGAGUGAUCAUAUUAAUAUUGUUUAAGAUGUUCAUGUUUGAGUGAUUAUAUUAAUAUUGUUUAAGAUGUUCAUAUUUGAGUGAUUAUAUUAAUAUUGUUUGAGAUGUUCAUGUUUGAGUGAUUAUAUUAAUAUUGUUUAAGAUGUUCAUGUUUGAGUGAUUAUAUUAUAUUGUUUAAGAUGUUCAUGUUUGAGUGAUUAUAUUAAUAUUGUUUUGGGGAUUCAUGUUCGAGUGAUUUUAUGAACAUUGUUUACGGGAUUCAUGUUUGAGUGAUUAUAUUACAAUUGUUUAGGGGGUUCAUUUUUGAGUGAUUAGCUCUGGGGGAGGUUCAACAUCUAAAAAUGAACAUUUUCUCAAAGUACUUUUUGUAUGUCUAGGUUAAAAAUCCUUUCGAUAAUUGAUCAAACCGUUGACUUUAGGUCAAUGGAAAAAAAAUUGUGUUGUUUCAGACCUCAUUAAAACUAAAACUUCAAUUCAUUUCCAAAUAUAUUUGUAAAAUGUAUUCUCAAAUACUUCACAU